AUGCCGUGGCCCCGGGAGCUCUGCGCCUGCUCCCAGGCGGCACAGGGAUGGGGACGGACCGGGGUGGCCCGGGGGGAAGGCCCCGCGCCCCGGCAGGGUGCGAUUACUGGCAAGACCCAGUUGCCAAGAGCGGAUAAAGGCAGGAUUUCUGGUUAUUUGAUCCCCAGAUGCCUUGAGGAGGUGCAGUACCAGGCAUCAGCUUUUAGCAGGCAGCAGAGCAAUGUGGCUCUCGGGCAGGAGCACGGCUGCUCGCUGGAAACACGAUCAAAAGCACCAGGGGCUGGCUCUUACAGCCAACCUGGCACCACUCCCAAAGGUUCCUGUUUGGAGUCAGUGAAGAUUGCCAUUGAUACUGGUUACCGCCAUAUUGACGGUGCCUUUGUCUACUACAAUGAGCAUGAAGUGGGACAAGCCAUCCGGGAGAAGAUUGCUGAAGGAAGGAUCAAGCGAGAGGACAUUUUUUACUGUGGCAAGCUGUGGAAUACCUGCCACCCCCCAGAGCUGGUGCGUCCCACGCUGGAGAAAACCCUGAAGAUCCUGCAGCUGGACUACGUUGACCUUUACAUCAUUGAGCUGCCAAUGGCUUUCAAGCCUGGAGAUGCAAUCUACCCAAAAGAUGAAAAUGGAAAAUUUAUCUACCAUGAGACAGACUUAUGUGCCACUUGGGAGGCUAUGGAAGCAUGUAAAGAUGCAGGCUUGGCAAAGUCUAUUGGAGUAUCCAAUUUCAACCGCAGGCAGCUGGAGAUGAUCCUGAACAAGCCAGGACUUAAGUAUAAACCUGUCAGCAACCAGGUUGAAUGCCAUCCCUAUUUCACCCAACCCAAACUCUUAGAAUUUUGCAGACAGCAUGACAUUGUUAUUGUUGGGUACAGCCCAUUAGGAACCUCAAGGGAUGAAACAUGGGUAAAUGUGUCCUCCCCUCCUUUACUGAAGGAUCCUGUGCUGAAUGCCAUUGGCAAAAAGUACAACAAGACAGCUGCACAGGUUGCUUUGCGUUUCAGCAUCCAGCGAGGGGUGGUGGUCAUCCCAAAAAGCUUCAAUCCACAACGCAUCAGAGAGAAUUUCCAGAUCUUUGACUUCUCCCUCACCGAGAAAGAGAUGAAAGAAAUUGAAGCCCUGAACAAAAACGUUCGUUACGUGGAACUGUUAAUGUGGCGUGACCAUCCAGAAUAUCCCUUCAGCGAUGAAUAUUGAAAACAAGGUGUGUUCAAACAAGUUCCUAAUUCAGUGCCAUUAGGCCUCGCUGAAAGAGACCCAACAUUUGGUGCUUUGACUUUACGGGAGACUGUUCAAAUCAGCAUUAAAAACGUGACAUUUA